CGAAUCCUCUGAACUCGCCAUACAUGUAACCAGUAGGCUACGUUCUCAAGAUAUCAAAUAGCUUCCAAGUUUCUUAUCAGUUCUGAUACAUUGUGUCGGCUACCUGUAGUGGUCUUAUAAGGGUGUGUUUUUAUUAGAUUGUCCUUUUUUCUCUACAUAUUUUCCAUUGAAAAAUGCUGCGUGUGAGAUCUGCAUUCUGUCAGUCUUGGAGGGGGUUCAGGACCUUCCCCUGUGCAGCUGUUGAGGUGAAGAAUGAGCCCAUCCUGGGAUUCAAUGAGGGCAGUGCAGAGAGGGCCAAUCUGCAGAAGGCCCUGGAUGACCUGAAUGGGAAGACUGAGGAGAUUCCCUGUGUGGUUGGAGACGAACGUGUGUGGACCAAAGACAUCAGAUACCAGCUAUCGCCCUUCAACCACUCACACAAACUGGCCAAGUUUUGCUAUGCUGACAAGGACCUGCUCAACAAGGCUAUCUUGGCCUCUGUGGCGGCGCGGAGGGAAUGGGACCUGAAACCCAUCCAGGACCGAGCCCAGGUCCUCUUUAAGGCUGCUGACAUCAUCAGUGGACCUAAGAGAGCUGAGAUUCUGGCCAAGACCAUGAUAGGCCAGGGCAAAACAGUGGUGCAGGCAGAGAUUGAUGCAGCUGCAGAGCUAAUAGACUUCUUCCGGUUCAAUGCGAAGCACGCUGUUGAACUGGAGAGCCACCAGCCCCUGGACAGUGAUGGUAGCACCAACACCAUGCUCUACCGUGGGCUGGAGGGUUUUGUAGCUGCUGUUGCCCCGUUUAACUUCACUGCAAUUGGUGGAAACCUGGCAGGUACUCCUGCUCUCAUGGGUAAUGUAGUUCUGUGGAAGCCUAGUGACACAGCCAUGUCAGCUAGCUACGCCGUCUACAAUGUCCUCCGGGAGUCAGGGUUGCCCCCCAACAUCAUCCAGUUUGUGCCAGCCGAUGGACCAGUGUUUGGAGACACCGUCACCUCAUCUGAACACCUUGCUGGCAUCAAUUUCACUGGCAGUGUCCCGACCUUCAAGCGCCUGUGGAAACAGGUGGCCCAGAACCUGGAUAUCUACAAGAACUUUCCUCGGGUGGCAGGAGAAUGCGGUGGGAAGAACUUCCACUUUGUGCACAAGUCAGCAGAUGUGCAGAGUGUCGUGACAGGUACCAUCCGCUCAGCGUUUGAGUAUGGAGGGCAGAAGUGCUCGGCCUGCUCCAGGAUGUAUGUACCUGACUCUCUGUGGCCCCAGAUCAAACAGGGGCUCCUGGACAUCCACAAGCAGCUCAAAGUGGGAGACCCCGUGGAGGACUGGAGUACAUUCUUCUCUGCUGUGAUUGAUGACAAGUCCUUUGCUCGCAUUAAGAAGUGGUUGGACCAUGCCAAGUCUUCCCCUAAGUUAAACAUAAUUGCUGGGGGCCACUGUGAUGACAAGAAGGGUUACUUUGUGGAGCCCACCAUCAUUGAGAGCACAGACCCACAGGAAGCCAUCAUGGCGGAGGAAAUCUUUGGGCCAGUUCUGUCUGUCUAUGUUUACCCUGAGAACGACUACCUGGAAGUUCUGCACCUGAUAGACAACACAUCACCAUAUGCCCUGACAGGAGCUGUCUUUGCUCUCGAUAAGAAUGUUGUGGAUGAGGCAGCCAAGGCCUUGCGGAAUGCUGCAGGAAAUUACUACGUGAACGAUAAAUCCACUGGCUCUAUUGUCGCCCAGCAACCAUUUGGUGGCGCCAGAGCUUCAGGUACUAAUGACAAACCUGGUGGUCCUCACUACGUACUGCGAUGGACGUCCCCACAGGUGGUCAAGGCCACCCAUGUCCCGCUCCGAGAAUGGAAGUACCCCUAUAUGGGUUAAAAAGACAGUACUGUACCCCUCCUCACCUACCUAGGCCUCCUUCAUCCAAUCCUAGUUAUGUAGAGGAAUCUGUAGGCUUUUUCUCCGCUCCCGCUCGCCAGACGGACAAUGAAAUGAAGAGAAAAAUCCUCUCCUUACUCGUCAAACUUUUGUCCCUUUUUGCCCUUAUAAGUAUGCACUGAAUCUAUACACGAGUACGAAUGUAAUUAUUAGCUGUUCUAAAUUGAAAGGGGGCGCAACAUGAGAUCAGCAGGAGCUGCAGCUGACCCAGUCAAGCUGUACAGAAGAAUGGCACUAUGAAAACGUCCCAUGGAUCCACAGACAUAGUAAAACUGUGUGGUCUACCAUUGAUUCCACAGACAUGUAAUAAUCAAUCAUCUGUUUGUAAUCAAAUGGCUGCUAUGUGCUUCUGAGCCUCUGUUUGACGAUCUCAGUACUGACUGGUCCUGAGGUGUAGGCUACUCACUGUUAAGUUGUCUCCACCUGUCCUAUCCUGAGGAAAGUAUUCAAAGAGUUGUUAAGCAUCAUAGACUUUUUGAGAGGAAUAUUAGUUUUUUUAAAUACAAAACUGACUAUGUAUUAUAAGAAUUAACUGACCGUCUAUCAUCUUAACAUCCUUUGACAAAAACAGUAAGCCUGAGUUUCGACCAUGAAUAUUUCAUGACAGCUAAAGUUCAAGUAUCAAAAUGCAAUGUUUAUAAUUGUAAGCAUUCGUGAUGGCAAAAAGAGGGAAGAAUGGUUAUCUACCGUUUUUGGUGCUAAAAAUGUCCUUACUAACAGUCCUUAACCUAUACUCAGUUCCUAGCUGUGUUAUGUUUUAUUUGCUGUAUUGUCACACUGGUACUCAGCCUCCUGACUGUCUCUGAUAGGAAAGGUGAUGUACUUGACUUGUUACACUUGAGCUAUGGCUGGUCUUAAAAGAUGUGGCUAUGAUCAAAUUUAUUUAUAAAGCUGUUUUUACAUCA